GGCUGUUUGGCUCUGACAAAACUAUGUUGAAUCACGCGCAUUUUAAUAUUUGUGAUCAUUCCGCGUUUAACCACCAAAGUGCGCGCGCGCCUUGUUUCAAUUAAAUUGCCGCGUUAUCGCAAAUGUUUCUACAAGUUUGAUAAGAUCAUUACAUCACUGAGUGUGAGUGAUAAGAUUCGUCAAGGACCGAUUUGUCUUGCCGAUGAUCAAAUCAUCGCUUACAUUCGAUAUGUUACGAGUUGUAGUUUAAGCGAGUGUUAAACAAUAGACGUUGUUACAACUGUGAUAAUUGUUUGUGACUAACUUGGAUGUGGUGGUAAAUACGAUGGGGACAGUGCCGCGAUUAAAAAUAACAGUGGUGGGCGACGGAAUGGUUGGCAAAACCUGCCUUCUAUAUGUGUACACGAGGAAUGAAUUCCCAAAGGAAUAUGUACCAACAGUAUUUGAUAACUACGUGGGGCACAUCACAGUCGAUGGACAAGAAGUGGAAAUGGCUCUGUGGGACACUGCUGGACAGGAGGACUACGAGCGAUUAAGGCCAUUAUCUUACAAUAAUACACAUUGCUUUUUGGUGUGUUACUCCGUUGGCACUCGGUCUUCAUACGAAAAUGUAAUUCACAAAUGGUAUCCAGAGUUAAAGCACUUCAGUUCUUUAGUUCCAAUUGUACUCGUGGCAACGAAAACCGAUUUGAGAGCAUCAGGCAAAGCUGUUAUUACAACACAAGAAGGGAAAACAUUAAAGAAGAAAAUACGUGCGGUCCAACUGGUGGAAUGCUCAGCCUUGGAACGGGAGAAUAUGCACGAGGUGUUCGAGGAGGCUGUGCGAGCCGCUCUUCGUAAAAAAAAUGUCCCGAAACGUACUUGUCAAUUUCUAUGAUAUACCAUUAGUCUUUAAUACAUAAACAAAUGUAUACAAAUAUAUAUUAUUUUAAUAAUUGUAAUCAACUAUAGGUAAGUAAAACAAAGCAAUCUUAAAUAUAUAAUUAAAAUAUCCUCAUGUUUCAGAAUAAAAUUUUGAAUUAUCUUAGAGGAAAUAUAUUUUAUUACUGUUAAUGACUAUAAUUAUAUCCAUACUAAAAAAUGUAUUGGAAACAUGCAUUUUUGUUCGAGUAAUUAUGUCAUAAAAAACUUAAAUAUUUCACAAUCACAAUAUUAGUGAACAUUUUUUUACAUUGUAUGGUACAUACCUACAUAUAACAAAAUGAUUACCAAAAUAAUCUGAAAUGUCAUUUAAUUCAUUGAGUUUGGGAAAUAACAAAUAAAUGUGUAUAUGUUAAUAUGUAUAACAAAAGCUUAAAAUUUUUACUGUGAAAAAUAUACAUAUAUUAAUCAACUAGACAAUUAUUUGAUAUUUACUAUACGUUAUAUAUUAUACUCAAAGGUUUCUUCAAAAUAUAUUUUAACGCACCGUUUUUUUUUAAUAUAACGUUUCUUUAAUUAAAUCUUAUAUUCAGAAAUAAUUCUUUAAAGAGUUAAAAUGUAUUUAAAUAAAUGUGAUAACGCUGUAGUUAUUUGCUUCAAAACCUUUUUGUAAAUUAUUAAAAAUAAUAUACUAUAUUCAAAAUAAUUAAUAUCUUAUAAUCUUUCAAAAUUUAAAACUUUUCUGCGAGUUCGUCUCUGGUGUAUUGAAUUUAAAAGUGAUUAAUACUUAAUACAUACUCAGUAGGUUUUUUAAGUACCUAACUACACACUUUGAUAACUUACACGACUUGCCCGAUGCUUUUCGUUAUUAUUGUAAAGGAUGUGUCUUAUUUAUAAGACUACCGAAACUAAAGUAAUACAAUUAUCAUCCGAGUCGUAUUUCUAUAAAUAUUUUUUAUCAAUUUGUCACGCUUGCGUACAAAUUUAGGGAGCGCCAUAGAUAUUUAGAUACCAAUUACUUUUAGCAAGUAAAUGAAUCGAGCAUGUAAUAUAAGGUAUAAUAAAUUGAAUUAAUAUAAAUAUUUUAUGAUUUAUUUAUGAUACAUUUAAUAUACGUUUUAAAACCUUUAUUAUUCGUAUUACUAGUCUUCUAAUUUAUUUAUUAUAGACGGAGACGCCACAGAUGUAAACGGCCAUACUGUAUUGAGGUCAGUUAUCGAAUUUUUCAAAGUCGAUCCUUAUGUCGUCAAAAUCAAUAUUUCUCGAAGUAUAUGUAACUAUUAUAAAAAAGACAAUAUAAUAUUUAACAAUAAUUAAAUAUCAUUUGAAUUUGACGUUCAAAACGGAAAGCUUUUUAGGUGUACCUUAGUAUAAAUGUUAAAUGUAUAAAUUUAAAAUGAUCACUUAAUUUUAUUUUAAUAUUAUAAGAUUUCAAAAUUGUACAUACAUGUUUCAGUAUUGUUUAAAAGUAUUUAAAUAAAAUAUUAAUAUACAUUAUGUACUUAUCGAUACAAACUCACUGUGUAUUAAAUUAUUUUAUAAUAAAUGAACGCAA